AUGGUCGACAAGCAGCGGGAGGCCACGAAGGCGUUGGCCACUGGCAGCCUUGCAGUCUUCAACCAGAAUGACGGCUUCGCUGACGCCUUUGAGAUGGCUCGGCGUCUGGGCCCCAAGGUCCGUCGAUCUGGGGCCCAGGGCAAGGUACAGACGUGUAUUUACUGUUACUUUGGCUGCACUGAUAAUUAA